AUGUCCAAUCCCCACCUCCCAAUUACAAUUACUUCCACCCUCACCAUCCUCCUGCUACUCGUCUCCUUCUCCCUAACAACCUACACCCUAACCACCUACCUCCACCUCGCGCACACCGCAACAUCCCUCGUCCCCAAAGCCAUCGUCCACGAUACCGCCAUCCUAGCAACAACCUCCUACCACCUCUUCACGACGAUCCUCACCUCAGCUACAUUCAUCACUAUCUUCUUCCUCUUCCCUAGAAUCACCAAGUCCAAAGGCGGCAAUCCCUCAUGGAUCCAAAAGGGACUUACGUGCCUCGCAACACUCCUCCUGACGACAAGUCUCCUCGCGUUUACUAUCAUCCUGGCUACGAGAAAAAUGUCCUUUGGGGACGUGGGCCCGCAUGUUACUGUUUAUUUAGAUGAGGGGUUGGGCGAGAAGCAGUUGGUUUAUCGGGAUGAUGGGAGGGCCGUUGCGGGGGUGGUGUUGGGGUGGGUUGGGUGGAUUGGUGCAUCGGUUCUGUGUGGAAUGAUGAUGCUUGGAGGAAAGAAGGAACUUGGAAGGGGAGAGAUGUGGGUGGAUAAGGUGGAGGUGGAGCAGGAGAGUAGAGCGGAGAGUGUGUAG